AUGACCCCUAAAGAGAAAAGGGACUAUGUGGACUGCUGGGACGAAGAUAAAAUUAAACAAGUGUUAGAAAAACGAAUAGAAGAGAUAAAAAAUAAAAAAGAUAAAAGUAAGUCGAGAAUAAAGUUAUUGAGGGCUAAGAUAGCUAAGUUGAGGAGGGCCCUCGAGGGAAAGGGAGUGGCAGGAGGCCAAGUGGCCCCAAGCAACAACAGUGACGGUGCAAAGAGCGGGAAAAGGAGCAAAAAAGGAACAAAGAAGGUCGAUAAAGCUGAUGAUGGCGAUGAUGCGACUGGUAGGUUAAAUGUUUGCAAAUUGGCAGGAGAUAAGUGUUCCAUAGGUGACCAAAACACGGAUGAUCCCAUAGAUGAAUCUAACCUAGACGCCACUAGCAGCCUCAACACUGAUACAAGAAGCGUUACCAGGACUGCCGGCAGUAAAACCAUAGAUAAAAAGAGGAAAAAAAGUAAAAAAAUAUGUUUCGGAUGUAGGAAGAGGGGGCAUCUGCUCAAGGAUUGUAGAGAAAACAGAAGUGAAACAGUGUGUUUCAGAUGUGGAUCGAAGGAACACACACUGAAGAACUGCAAAUUUAAGUCGAAUUCAACAGUGGUAAUCGCCGAGGACUACACAUUGGGUAAAGAAGGGCCGGGAGUCGCAGAGGAAACGAAGGUUGAGUUGCCGUACGCAUCCUGCUUCGUAUGCGGCCAAGUGGGCCACCUAUCAUCGCAAUGUCCGCAGAACCCCAAGGGGAUGUACCCGAAGGGGAGCGGAUGCUACUUCUGCGGAUCACCAAGGGUAAGACCAGCGGGAGUGGGUCCAACAGCGUACCCAUUGCAGCCAGCAGAAGCAGCAACAGUGCCCCCAAAGAGGAGGAAUAGAAAGAGAACGCAGAAGGCAUAA